AUGGACGGUAGCGCUGAAUCUAACGCUGCUUCGACUUAUGUCGAGAUUGGCCGACAGUUCGUGCAGCAUUAUUACACCAUGCUGGCCGAGCGUCCAAAUGAUGCCCAUCGUUACUAUGGCGAUAAGUCGAUCCUGACCCAUAAUGGCAAAUGGGCCAUCGGUUCUGAGGAUAUUCAAAAGGCCAUCGAUGAUUCCAAGUUCCAUGAUAGCAAAUUUCGCAUUUACUCCAUCAAGGGCGCGCCUACCCUGGCCAACGGAGUUGCGAUCCAAGUAGUUGGUGAAAUUUCGACCGCGGACACCGGCUUGCGCAAGUUCUCGCAGACAUUUGUGCUCGGUCAGCAGAUCACCAACAAAUUUUACAUUUUCAACGAUAUCUUCACCUUCUCGGACCAGCUGUUCGGCAAGGAAAGCGAGUCUGCCGAGGCUACCUCCACCCCGGCUCCGCUGCCUGAAACGAAACUGAACGGCCACACGCGCACGCCACAGAAGAAGGAACAGCAACUCACCGUCGAUAAUGAACGCCAUCAAGAAUUGCCUUCGCCAAUCAACUCUGGACCGAAAACUCCGAAUGCGAAGAAGGUACCUGAGCGGUCGCACGACAAGCAGCGAGGAGAACCGCCAUGCGACCCCGCCCCGCCGAAGCAGCAGGUCCAGCAGCAAGCGCCGCCGCCACAGCAACAGCAACAACAACCCGUCCAGCCAGCGGUUCCUGCGCAGCCCCGAAGCUGGGCCGCGAUCGCUGGUCACAACUCUAGCACCGCUCCCACCAACCCGGCACCUGUCGCCGCCCCUACUCGCGCUAUUACGCGCCCGACCAACUCGCUGCCGAACUCGCAGCCUACACCGCACGCGAAGCAGGACGAAGAGUCUCGCACUCUCCAUGUCAAGAACAUCGGCUACCAAAAGGAAAAGCUGAGUGAUGAGGAUGUGAGCGCGGCUACCGCGGAAAUCAUCAGCUACUUCAGCGAGUUCGGUCCUGUUGACAGUUUCAAGUUCCCCAUUUCUAACUUCGGGGCCCAGCGGCGUUCCGACCUAUAUGGUUUCUUGGUGAUGAAGUUGGAGGCGGACGCACAGAAAAUCCUCGAAGCGGCCGGCAAAACCGAAGGAGCCGUUCCUCGCGGUCUGAAGGUGGAUGUUCCAUCUUUCAACUUCUCCGGUGAAAUUUUCGUGGAUCGCGGCAGGCGUACCAAUGACAACCGUGGACGAGGAGGCUAUGCCCGCGGCGGCUCAUUCAGAGGCGGCCCCCGAGCACCGGGCGCCCACCGUGGAAACUUCCGCGGAAACCAUAUGCAG